AGAGAGGAUUUUAAACAACCGGCCUAUAGUGAAGAUGGUAGAAGAUGUCGAUGGAAUACAAGCGCUUUCACCUAGCAUGUUACUAUUGCCUAGAUCAAGCGAACCAGCUAGCAUCGAUGAAAAGGACUAUACAACAAAAUACAAUAGAAGAUGGCGACAAACAUUGUACUUGGUUGAUCUUUUUUGGAAAAGGUGGUUGAAGCUAUAUAUCCCAACGCUACAGUUAACGCAACGAUGGCACGAUCCUAAGCCUAAUUUGAAGGUUGGGGACUUAGUAUUGAUGAUAGAGUCUGCACGAUCGAGGUGGCAAUGGCCGAAGGCGGUCGUCACAGAUAUACAGGAGGGUACCGACGGCUUGGUUCGGAAGGUGACGUUAAGAACAGCUAAUGGGAUAGUGAGAAGAGAUGUACGGCAGUUAUGCAAGUUAGAAGGUGAAGUUGAAGAAUCACAGAACCCUGAACAAUUAGAAACAUCCCGGGAUUCUUCAACCUCAGGGGGCAAUGUUGGAUUUAGUUGUAAUGGUUGUACUACUCAUGAGUAGUUGAGUGUUUACUAUAUAAUUUGUAACUUGCAUUUUAUCGGUCAGUAUGAUCGAACAAUCUAGAAGUUGUUUUCUAUUGGUCGAAACAUUGACUGUUUGGUCAGCCAUUUUGUUUGGCAUUCUAUUCGCUGGGUGUGUGAGACACGGAUCGUCGUGAUAAUCUGUUGUUUUUGUUGCUCAAUCACCUUGAAUGUAAGUAACUAGUAAAUUAAUAAUUGUUUGUUGCAGAACCACAUACGAUAUUUAUUUAACUGUUCCAAAUAAAUAUUCCGAAUACUCAAAGAGCUUUUACUUCAUUGACUUCGGGUGCGUUAUUCUGGUGAAUCUAACGUUAUGCAACGAAAAUCCUACAACUAUCUCUAUCACUAUUGAAUUUGAUUUGACAUUUGCCUCUCUGUGCCAAUGUGGUAUGGCAACCUGAACUUAUGUACAUACGUACGAAGUUCUACGUUGCAACCGACUGACUUAUUGUGAAUAUGGUAAUCGAUUGUUUUUGGUUGU